GUUGGUGUGCCAUGGCGCCGGUAAGGCAGGUAGCGGAGUGGUCGGCAGGGGAUUUUGAGACGCGUAGCCAAGGAGUUUCUUCGGUCGGAUUCAAGAAUAAGAACGUGAAGCAGAGGACUUGGCGAUCUAAUCAUCCGCAGGCCUUCGCGGGGAGCGUUCGCGAGGGGCAAGGCUUUGCAUUCCGAAGAAAACUGAAGAUUCAGCAAAAUUACAGGAAAUUGCUAUGGAAGGAAAAGAAGGCCCGAACCUCACAGGAAUCCCAGUUCACAGAUCGAUACCCUGAGCAUCUGAAACAUCUUUAUUUAGCUGAAGAGAAAAGACUCAGGAAGCAACUUAGAAAAGUUGAACAGCCUUUGUCAGAAGAACAAGCUGAUCAACCUUUGCCAAAGGAACAGUGUGACAUCGACCAAGCGUUGUCAGAAGAGCAUUGUAGUUUUGAGCAGCCUCAGUCAUCAGAACAAUGUAGCAUAAGAAUAAACUCCAUUACUAUUUCAAAGAAAAAUAAAAAGAAAACAUCAAAUCAAAAAGCACAGGAAGAAUACGAACAAGUACAGGCUGAGCGUGCUGCUAAGAAACAAGAGUUUGAGAAGAGAAAACGAGAGAGAGAAGAAGCUCAAAGGCUCUAUAAAAAGAAGAAAAUGGAAGCAUUCAAAAUAUUGAGCAAAAAGACUAAAAAGGGCCAACCAAACUUGAAUUUACAAAUGGAGUAUCUUCUUAAAAAAAUACAAGAAAAUUAAAUCAGACAUCUUCUUAAUUCUAUCUGCCCUCUACUGAGUUCUUUUGUGUAUGUACUGUACCUCCUAACAAUUAACUAAAUUUGUUAACAUAAAAUAGAUUGCAAAGCUGUACUAAGUAUAAAAUGUCCAAAUAUUUUUAUUCUUGUGAAAGAAAAUUUUCUGUGUAUGCUCUACAUAAUAUGAUUUGUUUCUUAUUUAUUUGCCUUUCAAGGAAGGUGGCCAAAGAACUGAAAGAACUUUUCUAUUUGAACAUGUUUAAGCAUGUAAUAUUUUUGUACCAUAUGAAAAUCAGAUGAAAUAAAAUGUUUUGAAAAUAA